UCAGUGCCGAUAUGCUGUGUGGUGCUUAGCUUCCUACUACCCCGCGCUCUCUUUUGGAUUUAGGACAAUGUUAAGAUGCAUGGCGUACAGAGCUGAUAUAUCACUCUCCAUGUUGUAUUAUUCUUAAUGCUAGUGUAGGCUAACGGAUCCUGUGCAAUUUAUGUUGGUGGUAAAUUAAUGUAUGUAUUUUGAGACGUCGCCAUGGCUACUAUUGAUCGUUAUAACUGCAACCACGGCAGCUCAGAGAGGGAGAAGUUGCUGACCUCAGUGGCGCGCUAUGGGUCCAGCAGUGAGCACAGUGACGAGCAGGGCGGCCCCAGGCCCACCCCGGCCAGCAGCUGGCUGGGCGUGGAGCGGGAGGAGGACGAGCUGAGGCUCAAGCUCAAGUACUUCUUCAUGAGCCCCUGCGACAAGUUCCACGCCAAGGGCCGCAAGCCCUUCAAACUGGGCCUGCAGCUGCUGAAGAUCGUCAUCGUCACCGUGCAGCUGGUGCUGUUCGGACUGAGUAACCAGAUGGUGGUCACAUUCAAGGAGGAGAACACAGCCACCUUUAAGCACCUCUUCCUCAAAGACUAUGACGAGGGGUCUGACGACACGCUAGCCGUGUACACGCAGGACGACGUCUACGCCCACAUCAACUAUUCCGUAGAUCAGUACCUGAAGCUGCCGAACACCACGGUGGGGCGCUACGCGUACGUGUUUGGGGUCGGGGUGAACGAGAGCGCCCUGUCCCUGUGCCAGCAGUACUUCAAGAGGGGGCGCAUCGACCCGGCCAACGACACCUUCAACAUCGACCCUCACGUCGUCACGGACUGUAUUGGCGUAAACCCCUUAUCCAUUCCCUCAUCAUCCUUCACCGGUGGCUACAAGAACUUCACCCUGAAGUUCCACAAGCUCAUCAAUGUCACCAUCAGCUUCCAGCUGAAGGCCAUAAACAUCCAGACCAUAAUAAACAACGAGGUCCCUGACUGCUAUACCUUCGCAAUCACGAUUGUUCUGGAUAACAAGGCUCACAGCGGCAAAGUGCAGAUCAGCUUGGACAACGAGGCCUCGAUCAAGGAGUGCAAAGACCCCAAUGUGUCCGGACAUGCGGAGAACUACACGCGGCUGGCGUUCGACGUGCUGGUAGCCGUGGUGUGCUUGCUCUCCCUGCUCCUGUGUGGCCGCUCCAUCCUCAAGGGAAUCCUGUUGCAACAUGAGUUUGUCCAGUACUUCCGGCACAACUUGGGGCGCCGUGUGAGCUGGGGAGACAGGAUGGAGUUCAUCAACGGCUGGUACAUCCUGCUCAUCAUCAGCGACAUCUUCACCAUCGCCGGCAGCUUCAUCAAGAUCGGCAUCGAGUCCAAGAACCUGGCCUCCUAUGAUGUUUGUGGCAUCCUGUUGGGCACCUCCACCCUGCUGGUGUGGGUGGGAGUCAUCCGCUACCUCAGCUUCUUCCAGAAAUACAACAUCCUGAUCGUGACCCUCCGCGCUGCUUUCCCCAACGUCAUCCGCUUCUGCUGCUGCGUGGCCGUCAUCUACCUGGGCUACUGCUUCUGCGGCUGGAUCGUCCUGGGCCCGUACCACGUCAAGUUCCGCUCGCUGUCCAUGGUGUCCGAGUGCCUCUUCUCCCUGAUCAACGGGGACGACAUGUUCGUCACCUUCGCCGAGAUGCAGACGGGCAGCACGCUGGUGUGGGUCUUCAGCCAGGUCUACCUCUACACCUUCAUCUCCCUCUUCAUCUACAUGGUGCUGUCGCUCUUCAUCGCCCUCAUCACCGGGGCCUACGAGAGCAUCAAGCUACAAACUCAGGAACCGAUACACAUAACAGACCUGCACGCCUUCAUCGCCGAGUGCACCGACACACCCUGCUCCGGAAAGUUCCGGGGCCUGGAGACCUCGCCCUGCUCUGUCUUCUGCUGCUGCGACAGAACUACAACGUAUGAGGAUGUCCUGCUGGUGAACUGAUCGUGGAAUAUGGCGCUGGUGCCCUCUACAGGUUGUGGCACAGUACUGCGGACCACUUGAUAGCGGAAGGCUGAAGCUGUGGUUGUGCACACACAGACCAACACACAGGCAUUUUCUCUCAUUUCAUGCACUUCUAACGCCUCGUUGGCAUGACGAUGAGUGGAGAUUGACGGUACUGGAAUUCCGUUGGAGGUGCGUUCAGUGACUUCAGCCAAGUAGUGCAGAGUGGCCUUGUGUAAUUUAGCUAGAACUCUUGUCCUCUCCAACACGUAACUCUUAAUCCUAUCCCCUAUGCACUCCCGUUCAAAGAUGUCAGUAUUUUAUCAGAGCAAAGCCAAGCCAAGUUCAAAAUAGCCGGGAAGUGAAGGAACACACUGGCAUCUGACUCAUCCAUUUGGGAGUGCAAUGGGCCAAUGGCCAAGCAAUUAAUUUUAAUGUUUUAUUUUAUAUGGGUCUCAUGUAAAUACACUAGAUAUUGAUUUUAUGUUCAGUCUACACAAAUAUGGUGUAGAACAUUAUGUCCCAUAUUAUAUUGAAGUCAUUUUUUUCCAGCUGAGGUCAUUUUAUUGUGUACAUUCUCUAAUUUAACACGUGCACAAACCAGACUGGAACAUCCUCUUUGUGUGAGUGACAGAGUAUGUAGGGGCCAGUUGACAUGAUUCCUCUCUGACCCGCAUAUGUUCUCUUUUUAAACAUCUGUGCGUAUUUGUUGAAUGAAAUUGGGAGCGCAGUAUACAGGGAGCACAAUUUGUCUCCAGAUGAGACGCCAAACGUCGUGCCGCGUUGACCCGCUGGAUUUGAGCACGGAGGGGAGGAUGCCUGCUGUGCUUUAGCAGAAGCGCUCCUCUCUCCCGGCUCAGGUUUUGGUGAGGCGUAUGCGGUGAACCUGCUGCUACUCAGAACGGCUGAAGGGCUGCUAAUCGGGUCCAUGCAGCGUGGAGAAUAGAUGUUUUUAAAUGGCUAGUGCUACAUACUCACCAUUUUACAAUGUUGGUGAGAAAGCAGGACGUAAUGAAGAAGAGUGUAAUGUUUAAUUUUAAAGUGGGCCCAUCACGUUUAUGGGCAGGGUGAGGCCGUCACAGUGGACACGCCCUUAGCCACAGAUCAACCGCACGCACCCCACCUCUCCGUAACCGCGGAACGGAACCGGGAGGGUAAACAAGCUUGUCUGACCCACAUGUUGCCAGAAUCAGGAGACAACAACAUGAUAAACAAGGUCAUAUUUCCCUUAAAUUGUUUUUUUAAAAUAUAUAUCUAUAAUAUAUAUCGUUGAAUUUUGUGGAUGACAGAGCGAUGGAUCAUAUUUGACUCAGCUGAGGAGGAAGGACCGUGGCUGUUAUAAUGAUGUAGGAAUAAUGAGGAUCCACAGUUGUAAAAGGGUCUGCAAUGUCUAACAAGAAUGCCUCAAACUUUAUUUCUCUUACAUUUUUUCAAUAAUGAUGUCGACUUGAAAAACUCUAACUCUAGUGAUUGUUUAUUGUAGAGCAUUUUAAUUUAUUUUGUGUUUUUUUAUUUUAUUUUUUUCUAUUUUUUGUGUUUUGCCUUUUUUUGUUUUGUUUUGUUUUAUUUUCGCAACAAACGCACAAAAGUCCUGCGGAUUUCCUCGCAGGACACAGAUUUUUAAGUCGGUACCUGGCACUUUUUUACAGUUAUUAAUUUAUACUUGUAUUAAUCUUCCGGUAAAAGCAGGUAACACAUAGUGGUGGGUAGACAUAAGUGUGCCAGAGUUCUGCCAAACAGCCUAGUGAGGGAGGACACACACAACUGCGGUUCUAUGUGAAGAAUACAUUGGAUCAAAUCGUAGCCCUGUCUUGUGUAUAUAUUGUAAAUUAUAAACAUGGUUUAUAUUCAGAGGUAUUGAUGUACUGUCAGAGUUUAAUGUUUUACAGUGUCUUGCAUUAUUUAUACACAAGGUCUCAAAGAAUGUAAGACACUGUAAAACAUUAGAAUAGGGAGCUCCAGUUUUCUGGCAUCAAGUUAUACACAGACCUGGAGCUGCCAUGCAACUCUUUGACCUGAUUCCUGUGCCGCGCUCUUGCAGUAUGAAAGAUGCAAAUCCUCUGAUUAAAACACUACACAAACUAAA